AUGGGGGACAGCGAUGAUGACCCAUGGCUAGCCCCAGACAAGCUAUACCAUGUCCUCUUUUGUCUCUCUUUAACCCUCUUUUUCUCCAAGCUAGCCUCCCUCACUCGCUACCCAUUUCUCAAGCGCCACUCUAUUCGGGUCGGUGCUUUUCUCUCCCUCUUCGCCGGCGCCACCAAGGAGGCAGCAGACCAAAUUGGCCUCUUUCCCUCCGCUGGCGCCUCUGCCAAGGACGCUUUAGCGGAUGUCAUUGGUGUAUUGAUUGCUGUGGCAGCUCUCUCCAUGUGUAAAAGUAAAAAAACCGAUGGAUCCGAUUCGGGCUCGGGUCAGACUCGGCGGGUUUUGCCGGUGGAAGGUUUUGAGGAUCUCUUGAAAGGUUGGUGGAACAGGGUGAGUGUUGGAAAUGUUGAUGGCACAUUAACUUCGUGGUGGAUAAGAGAGGGUUCUCAAAAGUCACUCGAGAAUGUGGAAUAA